AUGGCCUCAGGUUUCCUCCCACCCUACAUUAUACCCGGGCAAGAGCCAGGAACGACGGCGGAAGAGCGCCAGGAAAUCUACAAGUACCUGCACUGGACCCGACUCGGCCAAGCCGGCCAGGAAUCAUGUGUGGCCAAGACGAUCCUCUCUGGGGCGAUGGGUCUCGGAUUGGGGGCAAUGUUCAGCCUGAUGUCAAGCUCCUUUGCUUACGAAGAUCCUCUAAGAAGAGACCCUAACUUUGAUACGAUGAAGUUUGAUAAGAAGGCGCGGGUCAUGUUCAAGGAAAUGGGUCGAGGGAUGUGGUCGACUGGCAAAGGCUUCGGAAAAGUUGGGGCACUGUAUGCUGGAUUGGAAUGUUGUGUUGAAAGUUAUCGCGCCAAAAGUGAUCUGUGGAACUCUUUAGUCGGUGGUGGGUUAGCUGGCGGAAUGCUGGCAUGGCAAUCAGGCAUGAAGGCCAUGCUCUUCGGCGCAGCUGGAUUUGCGGCUUUCAGUGGUGCGAUUGACGCUUACAUGAGGAAAGAGCCCCCGGAUGACGAUUGA